AUGGUCAAAGCUGUUGUUGCCGGCGCCUCUGGUGGCAUUGGUCAGCCUCUUUCCUUGCUCUUGAAGACCAGCCCUCUCAUUGAUGAACUGGCUCUUUACGAUGUUGUCAACACCCCUGGAGUCGCGGCUGACCUUUCUCACAUCUCUUCAAAUGCUAAAAUAACCGGCCAUCUGCCCGCCAACGAUGGCGCCAAGGCUGCGUUCAAAGACGCAGACAUUAUUGUCAUUCCUGCGGGAAUUCCACGAAAACCUGGGAUGAGUCGUGAUGAUCUUUUCAACAUCAACGCUGGGAUUGUCAAAAGCUUGAUUGAAACAGCUGCCGAUGUCGCCCCCAAGGCUUUCAUUCUGGUCAUUUCCAACCCCGUGAAUUCCACCGUUCCCAUUUCCGCCGAGGUUCUCAAGGCCAAGAAGGUCUUCAAUGCCCAGCGUCUCUUUGGUGUCACCACCCUUGACAUUGUCCGAGCUGAGACCUUUGUUGCUGAAAUCAUUGGCGAAAAAGAGCCCCAUAAGCUCAAUAUCCCCGUCAUUGGCGGCCACUCUGGCGAGACCAUUGUGCCUCUACUCAGCCAGGCUAAGCCCACAGUGGACAUUCCUUCCGAAAAGUACGACGCCCUCGUCAACCGUAUCCAAUUCGGUGGUGACGAAGUUGUCAAGGCAAAGGAUGGAGCUGGUUCUGCUACCUUGUCCAUGGCUUAUGCUGGGUUCCGAUUUGCCGAGAAACUUUUGAGGGCUGUCAAGGGCGAAAAGGGUCUGGUUGAGCCCAGCUAUGUGUACCUUCCAGGUGUGAGCGGAGGUGAUGCCAUCGCCAAGGAGACUGGGUGUGACUUUUUCUCUGUUCCCAUUGAACUCGGGCCAAACGGAGCCGAGAAAGCCAUUAACCCUCUGGGAGGAUUGUCAGACAAGGAAAAGGCCCUUUUGAGCAAGGCGACCGAGGGCCUCAAGGGCAACAUCAAGAAGGGAAUUGAUUUCGCCCACAACCCGCCACAAAAGUGA